AGAGAGAGAGAGAGAGCAGAGUGAGCAAGCGAUGGCUUCGACAGCAACGAUACUGGCUGAGACCUCUUGUGCCACUGCAAGUGAAAGCGCAAGAGAGAGCGAGCAAGCAGUGCCUUCGAUGGCGACUAUACUGGCUGUGGUGAUUCUGUCCAAGGGAAUGGCUUUGGCUUCGGCUUCGGCUUCGGCUUCGGCUUUGGCUUGGGCUUGGGCUUGGUGUUGGUGUUGGUACGCAGCGUCUCUAAUCUUUUGCCGAGGAAUUGCUUUUGAAGCUGUGGCUGCUGGGAGAAGAGACUCGGAAUCAUCUUCAUCUUCGUCAUCUAGAAUCAAUUAUGAAGUGUUCUUGAGUUUUAGAGGUACAGAUACUCGCAAAGGAUUUACGGGUCACCUUUACAGCAACUUGAUAGAUGCAGGGAUUCGCGUCUUUAAAGAUGAUGAAAAUCUCCGUGGUGGAGAAGAGAUCAAGUCGCAGCUAAUAGAAGUGAUCAAGGGGUCGAAGAUCUCGAUAGCCAUCUUCUCCAAGGAUUAUGCUUCCAGUAAAAGUUGUCUCAUGGAAGUGGUACAAAUGUGGGAGUGCAGAGUCUUCGCUGAACAGACUAUUAUCCCGAUCUUCUAUGAUAUUAGUCCCUACGAUGUAAAACACCAGGCUGGAGAUUUUGCAACGUCCUUCGAUCAACAUGAGAGGGGUGAAGACGCAGAAACCAUCAAAAAAUGGAAGAAUGUGCUUCGAAAGAUCGGGGAAUUAAAAGGAUAUUAUCUGGCGGAGAUCGACAACGGGGAUGAGUCCCGGCUCCUAAAAAGAGUUCGUAGACGUGUCAGGCAGGUGUUGAAGAAGGAUGACAAAGCUGUAACCGACAAACUAGUCGGAAUUGAUCCUCAUGUUCAAGUGAUGAUGAGAAAGCUUGGUGUUGUCUACAGCCAUGGACAAGCGAUCGAAGUAUGUGGCAAAGACGUACGAGUCGUUGGAAUAUGCGGAAUGCCGGGUGUUGGAAAGACCACACUUGCAAAGGUUGUCUUCAACAAGAUGCAUAUAUUGUUUAAGCAAUGUAGCUUCCUUGAAGGUAUUAAUUUGCACAGCAUCUUGUCUUCACAAGAAAAGUUAAUUGCUGACCUUCAAAAAGAACCUGCACAACUUAAAUCAUCUGAUGAAGGUGUUCAAGUUAUACCAAAUCAAUUUAGGAACAUGAAGGUUCUUAUUGUCCUUGACGAUGUGCGUCGGGUUGAAGAACUUAAAGCAUUAGCUGGGGAAGUUGGAUGGUUUGGUCCGGGAAGUAGAAUCAUUGUGACCACAGACUCAUUAAAUAUUGUUAAAAAAUUUUACAACAGAGCGAUUGAAGAACAUGAGCUUACACCAAUGGAACAAGGCAGUGCUCUUCAACUCUUUCGUAAGCAUGCUUUUCAAGGGUGUUCUUCCCAAGAAGUCCGUGAGUAUGACUCCUUGUCCAUAUCCAUCGUCAAAGCUUUGGGAGGGCUUCCUUUGGCCAUUGUGCUUUGGGCUUCAAAUUUACGCCACGAAAAGAAGAAAAUAUGGAAAGAGACCUUGGAACUUUUAAAAAAAAACCAAGGAGAUGACGUAGAAGCUGCCUUUAAGGUCAGCUACAACUCCUUAGAAGGUACUACAAAGAAGAUAUUUCUCGACAUAGCAUGUUUUUUUAUUGGAAAGGAUGAACGAAUUCCCUUUUACAUGUGGGAUGCUUGUUGUUACUAUCCUUGUAGAGGGAUAAAACAACUUCGUGAUAAGCAUUUGUUGGAAGAUGGAGAAAAUAAUGAAUUGAGAAUGCACAAUCUCUUAAGAGACUUUGGCAGGAAGCUCGUCCAGAAGAAAGCUCCUCAUGAGCGCUGCAGGAUUUGGGUCCACAGUGAUGCACUUAAAAUUCUACAAAAUCGUUGGGGUACUGGAAGUGUCGAGGGCAUUGAUCUCACAGUUGAAGAAGGUUCAACCGUCUGUUUUACAUAUGAAGAAACUCACCAAAUGUCGAAUUUGAGGUACCUCAGAUUGUACCCGGCUAAAAUCCAGGGAAAUACGAAGAAUCUUCUUCCGAAUUUAAGGUGGCUUGAUUGGAGAGAGUGCCAUUCGAUUCGUGAGCUAUGUAAUGCGCAUUUGGAGGAGUUAGUCAUUCUCGAUCUGUCUGGGAGUCCGGUCGCCAGAGAUUCACAAAUCUGGAGUCGUUUUGAGGGGGAGAAGAAGUUGAAAGUCUUGAACCUCCAAGGAUGUGUUCGGUUACCUGCUUCGUUGAAUUUUCAAGCUCCAAUCAAUUUGGAGAUAUUGAUUCUGGAAGAUUGUACUUGGUUAUCUGAAAUCGGGCCAUUCAUUAGAAAGCUGAAGAACUUGAGUUCCUUAAACUUGAGAAAGUGCAGCCUAGUCAAGAAGUUGCCCCAAGAAUUGCGCUGCAUGAAAUCUUUGAAGGAACUUCUGGUUGAUGGAACUGGCAUAAAAGAAAUUCAAAUCGAGAGUGGUUCUUGGAAGAAACUUAAAAAACUUAGUGCUUGUGGCUGUACACAGUUGGAAUCUAUAUCCCCAAUUGGCCACCUAGAGAAACUCAAAUGUCUUGCUCUGGAUGGUGCUAAAAUUGCUGGGCUUCCAGAUACUUUUGAAUUCCCCCAGAAUCUUCGGAGACUUUCUUUAAGGGAGUGUCGGAUGGUGGAAAACUUCCACCUUCCAUCGGGGACCUGAAGAUGCUGGAGUUUUUGGACCUUUCACACACUAAAAUUGAAGAACUACCACCGUCAGUCAAGGAAUUGAGAAAUUUGAAGACGCUAAAGAUGGAAGCACUCCCCUACGAAAAUUUCCUGAAGACAUUGUGAACUUAGAGAAACUGGAAGAGAUAGAUUUUUCUCACUGCACAAAUUUGGAGGGCCAAGUUCGAUGUGAUAAUUCAGGAUUAUCCUCUUUGAGAAUUUUGAGAUUAUCGUCAUCCAUUGUGGCUGGGCUGCCUCAAAACAUUUGGCGCCUCUCUCGCCUCCAAACCCUUGACAUACUGGAAUGCGACCGACUUCAAGUACUACCAGAGUUGCCCUCCAGUUUACAGAGUCUUCGCUGGGGAUCCCCAAAAUUGACAGUCCCCGACUUGUCAUAUCUGACAAAUCUAAAAGAGCUACUUUUGAAAGAUGUUCAGCAUCCAACAGGGGGAUUAUUGAAUCUAGAGACACCAAAGGCACUAGAUAUUGGGUGGAUCACGAGAUUAACAAGUCUAGAGACCUUGGAAUUGUCCCUUUCAAACGUCACCAAUCUCCCCGGGAAAGUUAGCGCCCUUACUCAGCUCCAGGAACUCACUUUAUCCUACAUGAAGGAGCUAGACCUCACGCAACUUCCCUUGACCCCAAAUUUGUCAACUCUCUGUGUCAAACACUGCAAGAUUCAAAACCCAAAAUUUUCUAGUCUGAAAUAUCUGUCAAAACUAGAACUAGACGACUGCGAUUUAGCUAAGAUCGACGGUCUUGAAAAUUUAAAGCGUUUGGAAAUCCUGAAAAUUUUGGAGUGCAGAAGUAUAACAAAACUUGAUGGGCUUGAAAACAUAGUAAGUCUACGGAAUGUGCAAGUUUGGUGGACUCCUCAAGUCGUUCUACCAGAAAAAUUAUCUGCACUGGUUGAACUCGACAGAUGCGAUUAUUAGGCUAUACGUCCGUAAUUUGCAUUCUCCUCGGUCAGUGAAUAGAUGGUCUCUGUCCUAUACGAACUACUAUUGUACUUUCAAGUCUUCGACAGGCAUCUCCUUUAUAAGAAGCUGGAGGGCGGCCUCUCUAAGGGCAUUGGAUCUGUGCAGGGCCACAAAAUACCCGUGGCAAAGUCUUCUUGUCCCGCAAUUGGUGAUGGAAUCAAGAACCUCGCAUCAUAACCAUUGCUGAAGAGAAAUCAGAUAAAGGUACGAUUUUCCGAAACACCAUUUACUGUUAGUUGGAGUCUGUAGGACGCAUGCAGAAGCCGUCCACAGCCACUCAGCUCUUCGAUCACGAUGAGAAAGAGAAGACGAAGAAGAAAAACAAGAUCCAGCAUUCAUGGGCAACGUUGCGAGGACUCGCGGACGUGAGCCACCACCAGCCUUUACUUUCUUUCAGCUCCGCUGGUGAGAUUCGUCCUCAUCACCGCCUUGAAGUUUUGCUUUUAUUCGUUUCAGUUGAUCAAGUCAUCGGUUCCCGGAUCUCCUCCAGGAGUUUUUUUAUAGGAUGGCGAUGCGAAAUGGAUUUGACGGAGAUCUAAUUAGAAGGAACGACAAGAGAGUGCGCUCGUGAUCGUGAAAUUGAGUAGGAUGAUUGCGAUGUUGAGAGAGAGAUAGAGAUGCGUCUUUGAAUUGAUCUGCUGCUUCGGAAAGGAUACUUUUCAACCAUCGUUCUCUUCUCCUCUUCUAAUUCGAUUUCCUUCCCUCGCAUCUCUGGAUAUCAUGGUGAUGGGAAACAGGCCCUGUA